UAUGCAUAUGCAUGCCACAGAGCCUGCAGUUGAAGAUUGUCUGGCAUUGAAGCAGGCUCUAAAGCUCCACCAUGGGAAGUGCCUCCAUGUUAGCCUCAGUUGCCAUGAGAAGGCUUGAAGGUAAGGUGGCUCUGAUCACCGGUGGUGCAAGUGGUAUCGGCGAGUGUACUGCGAGGCUCUUCUCCCAGCACGGAGCUAAAGUGGUGAUCGCCGAUAUCCAAGAUGACCUGGGUCUCUCCGUUUCCAAAAGCAUCACAGAUUCUUCUUCUUCCUCUUCUGCUUCCUACGUCCACUGCGACGUGACAAAGGAAAAGGACAUAGAAAACGCAGUGGACACAGCGGUUUCAAAGUACGGCAAGCUCGACAUCAUGUUCAACAACGCUGGUGUUGUCGGUGUCAACAAAACCAGCAUAAUCGAAAACAAAAAAUCUGAAUUCGAGGAAGUCAUUAACGUCAAUCUCAUUGGUGUGUUUCUGGGGACCAAGCACGCUGCCAGGGUGAUGGUCCCUGCACGACGUGGCAGCAUCAUAUCAACGGCGAGCGUGUGUGGCUGCACCGGCGGGGUGGCGUCACAUGCUUAUACGAGCUCGAAGCAUGCAGUCGUGGGGCUGACGAAGAAUACCGCCGUGGAGCUCGGACGCUAUGGGAUUCGGGUGAACUGUGUGUCGCCAUACGUGGUGGCGACGCCGUUGGCUAAGGAUUUCUUCAGGCUUGAUGAUGAGGGAGUCCACGGGAUUUAUUCCAACCUCAAAGGUGCAAAGCUUGAACCCGAGGAUGUGGCUAACGCGGCACUUUACUUGGCGAGUGACCAGUCUAAGUAUGUGAGUGGCCACAAUCUUGUGGUGGAUGGAGGAUUCACUAUUACAAACUCUGGUUUCACUGUUUUUGGGUAGUUCAUGUGCAAGAAGGCCACGACUAGAGAAUCAAUAAUUCACUUCUAGAACGAUCUGGGUUAAAUCCGUGGUGGUUUGGUAAACUGGCGUGAAGAUCUUCUGUCUUUCUUUGGAGUUUGAAUAAUCACGUGCGCUUAUAAAUAAUAGUGUACGAUUUCAUCAGUUUCACUGUUUGCUAUUGGUUGUGCUGUAAUGAAACGAUUGAUGAUUAUCAACCACUUGUUCAAAAACUGUACAGUUGCCCGUUUGAAUAGCACUUUUUAGAACCUCAAA